AGUCCAUUCAAAAACAACACCAUAUAUAUGUUUAUGAUGUCGCAAGAAACUGAUCCGGAACAGAGUCCCGAACCGAAGCAGGAAGAUGAGCCAACUGGCAGUUUCCUUUGCCUGCACACAUCGCCGCCUCUUCACAUCGCCCUGCACGGCAUGUCGGCCAUCACCCACACCCGUUUGUCUAAGGCCGCCUUUGAUCUCUGCCUGGAACUGCUGGAGGCGGGGGUCAAGCCGCAGGCCUUGGCGGACAUAGUCCUGAACAUACUGGAGUUCAAGGAACAAUUGGAUUGAAUCAUUUUCCACCGCCAUACAACUGAAACUUUCCUACAGACACCUGAUUAGUCUUAUCACAUGCGACCUGCUCAACUCAAACCUCAACCCUGGUCGUGAUCACUCAAUGAAAUCCCUUAUUUGAUAAGCAAUAUCAGUUAUAAUUCGCACAUGCUAUUAGCAACCAUCAUAAAUGUUUGAUAAGAGGCCAGAUAAAUAACAAUAUUUUCGAAUACGGUGUUCAAUUUCA